AUGACUACCGCGGCCGCUCGCUGCGCCGUCGCGACUUGCACACCCGAUCCGCUGGCGCAGCUCGGCACCUGGCUGGAACAAGCGAUCGAAGCCGCGGUCGCCGAACCCACCGCCAUGGUGUUGGCCACCGCCGACGCCGCUCACCGGCCAUCUGCAAGGGUCGUAUUACUCAAAGGACUCGACCAGGAAGGGCUGGUGUUCUACACCAACUACAAGAGUCGCAAAGCCGACGAUCUGACCGCCAAUCCGCAGGCCGCUCUGGUUUUUUUCUGGCAACCCCUAGCGCGACAGGUCAGGGUUUGCGGUGAGGUCCACAAAGUCGACCGAAGGCAAACCACGGAAUACUUCGCCAGCCGUCCACGAGGUAGCAGGAUCGGCGCCUGGAGCUCACCCCAAAGCCGGCCGAUCGACCGUCGCCAGCAGCUCGAGGAGCGGGUGGCCGAAACCGAGCGCAGGUUCGGCGCAGAGCCAAUCGAACCGCCACCGUUCUGGGGCGGCUACCGACUGGUCCCAACCGAAAUGGAAUUCUGGCAAGGACGCACCAGCCGGCUCCACGACCGCUUUCGCUACCUGGCGAAAGGUGCCGAAGCCGGCUGA